GAAGAACUUUCCUGGUUUUACAAAUUAUGAAGUAGAAAAUCUUUCUUCUGGUAUUGUUAAUUUUGAAUUUGGAACUAUUUUGGAUGUUAAUAGCUUUGAGCUGUCUAGUCUUGUGAAUUGUGAAUUGUCUGGUCUUGCGAACUAUGAGUUGUCUAGUUCUUCAAACUUUGAGUUGUCUGGUUCUUUAAACUAUAGGUUGUCUGGUUCGUCAAACUAUAGGUUGUCUGGUUCUUCGAACUAUAGGUUGUCUGAUUUUUUAAACUAUAAGUCAUCUGAUUCUUUGAACUAUGAGUCAUCUGAUUCUUUGAACUAUAGAAUGUCUGGUCCUUCAAACUAUAGAUUGUCUGAUCCUGUGAACUAUGAAUUGUCUGGCCCUGUGAACUAUGAAUUGUCUGGUCCUGCAAACCAUAAGUUGUCUGGUUCUUUGAACUGUGGGUUGUCUGGUUCUUUGAACUAUGAGUCAUCUGAGUCUUUGAACCAAGAGUUAUCUGAUUUUUUGAAUCAUGAGUUAUCUAAUCCUUUGAACUAUAGAUUGUUUGGUUCUGUGAACUAUAGAUUAUCUGGUCUUGCAAACUAUGAAUUGUCUGGUCUUGUGAACUAUGGAUUGUCUGGUCCUGCAAGUUAUAAAUUGUCUGGUUCUGUGAAUAUUGAGUUGCCUGGUCAUAUGGAUAUUAAGUUAUCUGGUCAUACAGAUAUUGAGUUGUCUGGUCAUACAAAAUUGGAGUUGCCUGGUUCUACGAAUUUGGAGUUGCCUAGUUCUACAAAUUUUGAAUUGUCUAGUUCUACAAAUUUGGAAUUGUCUGGUUCUACAAAUUUGGAGUUUCCUGGUUUUACAAAUUUGGAAUUGCCUGGUUCUACGAAUUUGGAGUUCCUGAUUCUACAAAUCUAG